AUGGAGAUAAACCAUUAUUGGCAAACCCUUUUUUUGGAUGACAGGUUGUUCUUGGCCCCAAUAGGUGAUCAUCCGCAGAAAGUUCUUGAUCUUGGGACGGGCACUGGAAUAUGGGCGAUAGACUUUGCAGAUGAAUAUCCUUCAGCUCAAGUGACGGGAGUAGACAUAUCACCGAUCCAACCGUCCUGGCUACCACCGAAUUGCAAAUUUCAAAUAGACGACAUCGACAGACCAUGGGGUUGGCCGUCAGACAGCUUCGACUUUAUCCAUGCGCGACAUCUCGAAGGCUGCGUGUCCGAUUGGCACCAUCUAUAUGAACAGGUCUUUAAACAUCUUAAACCCGGUGGGUACUUUGAAAUUAAGGAAUUUGACAUCGAAACUCGUUCUCAGACAUUGGAGAGUAAGGGACAGGAACUUGACGAAAAUCACGUCUACAGAAGAUGGGUUGCAGUCAUGCUUGACGCAUUACAACGAAUGGGGAAACCAGGGUCACAAACACGAGACCAUGGCAUAGCUGACGCUCUUGCAUCAGCCGGAUUCGUUGACAUUACUGAACACAAGUGGCCGGUCCCCAUAGGAAAUUGGCCCAAGGACCCUAAAAUGAAGGAAGUUGGCGCUUGCAAUUUACACUAUCUCGACGAGUCCCUCGAAGGAUUUUCCGUGUUUCUUCUGAAAAGGGUCAUGGGUUGGGAGGACUCCGAAAUUUUAUGUUUCAUCGAAGAAAUGCGCAGAGCGUUGAGACUUCGGAAACUUGCACCAUAUAUCACAUUGCAUCUAGUUUAUGCUCGAAAACCGGGAGAAUCUGGGUAA